AUGACUCUCUCUCUCUCACUCACUCUCUCUCUCUCUCUCACUCACUCUCUCUCUCACUCACUCACUCUCUCUCUCUCACUCACUCUCACUCUCUCACUCACUCUCUCUCUCACUCACUCUCUCAUUCACUCUCUCUCUCACUCUCUCUCUCUCUCUUUCACUCACUCACUCUCUCUCUCUCUCUCAUACACACAUAUACACAUAGACUUUUCAUCUUUUUUUUUAUCAGGCAAAGGCAUCGAUCUUGGUGUUUGUUUUUUUUCUUCUCUUCGUUUCCCUCUUUCUCGCUUUAAUACCGCCAUUCUUUUUUUUCUUUUUUUCUUUUUGACUUUCUUUCUCCCCUUUUUGUUACUUACUUUUCCCUUUAUCUUUCUAUCUAUUUUUCUUUUCCUGUUUAUUCCUAUUACUUAUUGUUCUCUCUUUUUCCUUACAUCAGUCUCUUACGUUCUCAUUCCUUCUUUUAACCUCUCAACUUUUUCCCUCCCUCUUUUUCUCCUCACAUCUCUCUCUCUCUUUCUCUCUCUCUCUCACACACACACAUACCCAUUUAUACACGGACUUAGUGGUGUUGAUGAUACUGGAAAAGGGUACGGGAUAUGCGAUGGUGGGUGGAAAGUUGUCGUUUGUGAUGGGGUUUUGAGUAUGGGAGAGGGUGUGUGGAGGGAGGGUGGGUCAUUCAGCGACUUGGCGUCAGACCUCCUCCUCCUCAUGUUCAUCAUUUCCAGGCUUCAUCUCUAUGUAUUCAUUGCAUCUACUUUCCAGAAAAUAAGAAUGUCGCCCGAAAGUGAGUAUCGUCUAUCUCGUUAG